CAGCACUACACAAAGAGGCAGAGCAUUUCGGGGCGAGGCACAGAGAGUGCCAAAAAUUCGCCAGUUCACGUUGGUCGCAGUGCAACGGGCGGUGGCAAUAGUACGGGCGUAAUUGUGGAAAUCGAUGGCAGUCGAACUGCUGGUGGUGGUGUUGGUGGCGGAAAGGCACGUGAGCUUUCGCCUACACCGAAGAAUCAGGGACAGCGUAAACUGUCGCAGGAUUUUCGAGCGCGUGCCGGCAGUUUUAUACACGUGGAUGAGGAGGGGCGCAGCAUACUGAUACGCAAGCCGGUGCGGCUCAAGAAUAUCGAGGGCAGGCCAGAGGUGUAUGAUACGCUACACUGCAAAGCAAAAGAGUCAUUGUCCUGUUCGAAAGCGACAUGCAUGAGCAGCGUUAUGGCCCUCGGCACGGCCCCAGUUGAAGCACGCAAACCCGAUGUGGUACUGGAACAUGCCAAAGAUUUUUUGGACCAAUAUUUUACAUCGAUAAAGAGAGCUUCGAGUGUCGCUCAUGACACCCGCUGGAAACAGGUGCGUCAGAAUAUCGAAUCCAGUGGCUCUUAUCAACUCACCGAAACCGAAUUGAUUUAUGGCGCGAAAUUGGCCUGGCGCAAUUCAUCGCGUUGCAUUGGACGCAUACAAUGGUCCAAAUUGCAGGUAUUCGAUUGUCGUUAUGUCACCACAACGAGCGGCAUGUUCGAAGCCAUUUGCAAUCACAUCAAAUAUGCGACCAACAAAGGGAAUCUCAGAUCGGCAAUUACGAUAUUUCCGCAGCGCACAGAUGGCCGCCACGAUUAUCGCAUUUGGAACAGCCAACUCAUUUCGUAUGCUGGAUAUAAGCAGACCGAUGGUAAAAUCAUUGGAGAUCCUAUGAAUGCGGAAUUUACUGAGGUUUGCCUCAAAUUGGGCUGGAAGGGCAAAGGUACUGAAUGGGAUAUUUUGCCGUUAGUUGUGUCAGCAAAUGGUCACGAUCCGGACUAUUUCGAUUAUCCACCGGAAUUAAUAUUGGAAGUGCCGUUAAGUCAUCCAAAAUUUGAGUGGUUUGCGGAUUUGAGCCUGCGCUGGUAUGCCGUGCCCGCAGUGUCAUCGAUGCUGUUCGAUGUCGGUGGCCUCCAGUUUACAGCGACUACAUUUAGCGGUUGGUAUAUGUCAACGGAAAUUGGUUGUCGGAAUUUGUGUGACUCAAAUAGACGCAAUAUGUUGGAGACCAUUGCGUUGAAGAUGAAUUUGGAUACGCGCACACCCACCUCACUGUGGAAGGAUAAGGCACUGGUUGAGGCGAAUAUAGCAGUAUUACAUUCCUAUCAGAGUCAUAAUAUUACAAUUGUGGAUCAUCACACAGCCAGCGAGAGUUUUAUGAAACACUUUGAGAAUGAAUCAAAAUUGCGCAAUGGCUGUCCAGCUGAUUGGAUUUGGAUUGUGCCGCCUAUGUCUGGCUCGAUAACGCCUGUCUUCCAUCAGGAAAUGGCUUUGUAUUAUUUGAAGCCAUCGUUUGAGUACCAAGAUCCGGCUUGGCGCACGCACAUAUGGAAGAAGGGACGCGGCGAAGGCAAGAGCAAGAAACCGAGACGUAAAUUUAAUUUCAAACAAAUUGCAAGGGCUGUGAAAUUUACAUCGAAAUUAUUUGGGCGCGCCUUGUCAAAACGCAUCAAGGCGACUGUUUUAUAUGCAACCGAGACGGGCAAAUCGGAGCAAUAUGCAAAACAGCUGUGUGAACUAUUGGGACACGCAUUCAAUGCACAGAUCUACUGCAUGUCCGACUACGACAUUUCGUCUAUAGAACACGAAGCCUUACUAAUUGUGGUAGCAUCAACAUUCGGUAAUGGCGACCCUCCGGAGAAUGGUGAGCUUUUCUCACAGGAAUUGUAUGCGAUGCGUGUGCAGGAGAGCAGCGGCGAUGGUCAGGAUUCCAGUAUCGGUGUCAGCUCAUCGAAAUCCUUCAUGAAAGCAAGCUCACGCCAAGAUUUAAUUAAGCUACCAUUACAGCAAGUGAAGAAAAUUGAUCGCUGGGAUUCGCUGCGUGGCUCGACGUCAGAUACGUUUACGGAGGAGAAUUUUGGACCGCUGUCGAAUGUAAGAUUUGCCGUCUUCGCUUUGGGUUCCUCUGCCUAUCCCAACUUUUGCGCCUUUGGCCAGUAUGUCGACAAUAUACUUGGCGAGUUAGGCGGUGAGCGGCUACUAAAGAUUGCUUAUGGUGAUGAAAUGUGCGGACAAGAACAGUCUUUCCGUAAAUGGGCACCGGAGGUGUUUAAGCUUGCUUGCGAAACUUUCUGCUUGGAUCCAGAUGAAAGUCUAUCGGAUGCCUCGUUGGCUUUACAGAACGAAUCUCUCACGGUGAACACAGUACGUCUGGUACCCUCAAAAACGCGUGGCAUACUGGAAGAGUUGCUAUCGAAAUUUCAUAAUAAAAAAGUUUAUUGUUGUCAAAUCAAAGAAGCUCCAUUUAAUCUCACCAAUAUUGGCAAUGGUGAAAAAACUACAAUACUUUUGAAGAUCAACGCUCCCGGCUUGGAGUAUGAGCCAGGCGAUCACGUUGGCAUAUUUCCCGCCAAUAGCGCAGACGUUGUUGAUGGCAUCUUGAAGCGUCUGAUAGGUGUAGAAGAUGUGGAUGAAGUGCUGCAAUUGCAGCUGCUCAAAGAGAAGCAUACCUCGAAUGGCAUUUUCAAGUUGUGGGAGUCACACGACAAAGUACCACCGGAUUCCAUGCGCAAUCUAUUAAUGCGCUUCUUCGAUGUAACCACGCCCCCAACGCGUCAAAUGCUCACACUACUCUCUGGAUUCUGUGAUGACAAUCAAGACAAAGAGCGUCUGCAAUUGCUGGCAAAUGACUCAUCUGCCUAUGAGGAUUGGCGUCACUGGCGUCUACCACAUUUGCUGGAAGUGCUGGAAGAGUUUCCCUCCUGCAAGCCACCCGCCACGCUGGUAUUGGUCAAUUUAAUGCCGCUGCAGGCGCGCUUCUACUCGAUCUCCUCUUCGCCGCGCAAAGUCAAUAACGAAAUACAUCUGACAGUGGCUAUUGUGCGCUAUCGGUCUGAGGAUGGCAAUGGUGAUCAACGUUAUGGCGUCUGUUCUAAUUAUCUGGCCGGUCUGCAAGAGGGCGCUGACGUGCAUAUGUUUGUACGCAGCGCGCCCAGUUUCCAUUUACCCACCGAACAUGCACGUCCGAUUGUGUUGAUUGGCCCAGGCACGGGCAUUGCGCCUUUUCGUUCGUUCUGGCAGGAAUUCGAGAUGUUGCGCGAGAUGAACGCGGAUGCACCACUGCCCAAAGUGUGGCUUUUCUUCGGCUGUCGCAAUCGCGAUGUAGAUCUGUAUGCGGAGGAGAAGGGGCAGCUGGUGCGUGACAAAAUAUUGGACCGCGUCUUCUUGGCGCUAUCACGUGAGCCCAACAUACCGAAGACCUACGUUCAGGACCUGAUUGAAAAGGAAUUCGAUUCACUGUACAAGUUGAUUGUGGAGGAGCAAGGUCAUAUUUAUGUUUGUGGCGACGUCACAAUGGCCGAACAUGUCUACCAGACCAUCAGGAAAUGCAUUGCCGGAAAAGAGCAAAAAACCGAAACGGAAGUUGAGACAUUUAUGCUAACAUUGCGGGACGCGAAUCGCUACCACGAGGAUAUUUUCGGCAUUACGCUACGCACCGCUGAAAUACACACAAAAUCACGAGCUACAGCGCGUAUACGUAUGGCGUCACAACCGUAAACGAAGCAUAUGCGCAGGCGUAAAGAGCAAAAAA